AUACGUGUUGUUAUGUUAGGCAAGACUGGAGUUGGUAAAAGUUUAUUAGGUAACAACAUUCUUGGGAAAGAUAUAUUUUCUUCCAAAGUAGGGGCUCAGUCCUGCACAAAAGAACUUACGCGAGCAGAACGGAUGCUCGACGAAUAUUAUAAACUUGUUCUUGUUGAUACUCCAGGCCUUUUUGAUACUUCUACAAACAACAUGGGAACAGCUAAAAUUCUCGUGAGAACAGCGAAAGAGAACAGACCAGGUCCACAUAUUUUUAUUUUUGUCUUAUCCAUCGGUCGGUUUACUAUCCAAGAACUGGAAACUGUUGAAUUACUGAAAGAUUUGUUUGGAAAUCAUUUAGUUACUGAGAGCGUAGAUAGUUUAUUACAGAUGAUUAAAGACGUUUUUCUACAGAAUAAGAAACAACACUACACAGAUGAAUUAUUGGCUGACGCAGAGAAGAAAUUUGAAGAGAAACUGCAAAGAGAACUUGAAGAUAGAAACAGCAAACUGGAAGCUGAACUGCAACAUCAGAAAGAGUCACAAUUAAAACAAUCUAUCAACAAUAGUCAAAGAGAAUUUGAGAAGAAUGUACAGUUCCAGAAAGAUUUACAGAAAAUGCGAGAUGAGAAAGAAGCAAUUAUGAAGCAAAUGGACGAUGAAAGCAAACGAAAACAACACAGUAUUGAACAGAUAAAACAAUACAAUCAAGAU